AUAUCCCAUCGACACACUCCCGCCAGGAACACAUCUCCCACGCUAUCGAAUCCUCACUCCACCAUGUCUCUCUCCUCCAAGUUUGCCUCCUACAAGCAAGAGCUGGCCGAUACUGCGAGUCGAAACAUCGCUUCCGCCCGUCCCGCUGGAUCCUCGACCGUCCCUACGCGCACAUCGACUCCCAAACCCGCCGCGCCUGCUGCCUCGGCAGACACCCCAAAGCGCACUCACGAAGAGGCUUUCAGCGCGGCUGCAGCGCCAGGCGUACCUCAAGCGUCGGGCCAGGAGCUCUUGACUCAAGUGCACUACGCGAUCGACAAGCUGAAGCAGAACAAGCUCGAGGCGAUCGCAUUCGACGACCUCAUUAAUUACCUUUCCUUGCCGAUUGACGCACAACGUAGGAUUCCGCUCAUCAAACGUGCCCUCCAGGACAGCGACCGUGUAGAAUACAUCCCUAAGAAAAGCAGCGCCAACGGCAAAGAAUCCUUUCGCUAUCGUCCCAAGCACCCGGUCACAAAUGCCGAGGAGCUGAAGAACUACCUUGCUCGCCAGCAGACGGCUCAAGGAAUUCCCGUGAAAGAUCUCAAAGAUGGCUGGCCAGAUUGCCAAAAGGCCAUCGAUCAGCUCGAACGUGAACACUUCCUCCUCGCAACCCGGAACAAGAAGGACAAUACAGCUAAGAUGAUCUGGCCCGACUCCCCAGCCUGUCACGUCGAAAUUGCCCUCGAAUUUCGAGACUUCUGGUUAAAGACGAAGUUGCCGACGACAGAGGGGGAGGUUCGCAAUGAGUUGGAAAAGGCUAGCAUCACGCCAACCAGUCAGGUGAAGGAGCUGAGGAGAGAUCACAUGAAGAAGAAAGACCGAAAGAGACCCAACAGGAGAGGCGGCAAAACGACAAACCAGCAUAUGGUGGGAAUUCUCAAGGACUAUACACGGAAGUGAGGAUAUGAGCCACGGGACAUAUCGAGGGAGAUUCCGAGAGGUUGACUUUAGCGAGGCGUUGGUGGAUUCGGUCUGAUUAGACCCAACAAUAAGAACAGACAAGUCAUUGCUGAGGACGAGAUUGUCGCUCGCAGGUCACGAGGGACUCGCACUCUGUGUGCUGGAAAAUGUUACAAAGCGGGGCUAUAUCAGAAAUGGAGACAAUCUUGGCAGAGCUGCAGACACGAUAUCUCACAGGCCACCUAGUCACUACAAGCUCGCUUUCGACACCUUGCACGAAGUACUUGUUGAGAGUCUCGAACCUCUUGCUGAGACCGACAUAGUGAGAUUGGCGCGUUGUUACAGCCCUUACCACAGGUUCAGGCAUUCUGCUACAGACGCGACCAGACGACACUGGCUGUCGUGGUAUGCUAGUCAGGGCCCAGAAUGCCUACUACCGCGGAUUAGCACACAGUCAGCAUAUACCACAAUGUGUUUAGUUGGUCAGUGGAGGAGUCUGAGCCCACACCACGUACACAGACAGCUAAUAUGAGCAAGACACGACAUCAAGAACCUAUCUUGAGCUGAGCCCACACCACGUACACAGACAGCUAAUAUGAGCAAGACACAACAUCAAGAACCUAUCUUGAGCCACAGCGAGAGGGUGCAAAGCAAGUCGUAGAUCAUGUGCAGCAUCUAUAACGGUACGUGGACUGGUAGGAACUGCGUUCGUUGGUGUCAUGGUGUCACUGCAUGUCAGACGCGUGAAACUCAGCCCAGAACACGUUCACCACUGAGCACUAUGUUGGUACCAAGCACAAGCAACUGGAGUUAGGGAGACCAACAUACUGAGCUGAAGAACAGGUGGUCAGCACACUGCGGCCACAUCUCACACGUGCUCACUGGAGAACUGCCUGACCAUAUAAACACCACACGAUGUCCAGUCCUGUAAGCUUCUCACCAAGCACAUCAAGCAUACUAUCAAGUAGCACCAAGACACUCGUGAA